UUCCCAUAUUGCCAUGUUUGCUUGCCCCUUUCCUCAGAUUAUGACAGUUGAUAACUACGUGCAACCGCUUCUUCCACCCAUUUUCAAUUGCCCACUACUAAUCUGGUUUAAUUAGAUUCAAAUCUCGUGUUUUGCGCUGAUUUCUUUAAUUAAUGAUGCCCCAAAUUCUUAUUUUCUAUAAAUUCUGAGAACCUAACGUAAGAUUCAAGCUCAACACUACAACUUAAUUCUUCGAGUGCAGAGAGAGAGGGGGCAAAAAAUGUCGAGACUUAUCCAUAACCAUUUUCUUCUUUUUUUCAUUGUUUCACUUAUUGUCUUGUCUUCUUCCAUUCCCAAGCUUUCGGCAAUGGCGGCCGGAGCGACGAACACGGAGUUCAUCAGAACAUCCUGCGAGACAACAUCGUACCCGCGGCUGUGCUUCAACUCCCUGUCGAGCCACGCCAGGUUCAUCAGAGCCGACCCGCAGCUCAUGGCGCACACGGCGCUCACCGUGACUCUCCAGACCGCCCAGUCGACGGCCGCCGCGAUGGGGCGGCUGGCGAGGAGCCACGGGCUGACGCACAGGGAGAUCGGCGCCAUGCGCGACUGCGUGGAGGAGCUGAGCGAGUCGGUGGACGAGCUGAGGGAGUCUCUGGGCGAGAUGAAGCAGCUCCGGGGCCGGGAUUUCGAGAUGAAGAUGAAUGACAUACAGACUUGGGUUAGCGCCGCCUUGACGGACGACGACACCUGCACCGACGGCUUCGCCGGAAAAGUUACCCGUCGCGGUGUUAAGACCGCCGUGAGGGGAAAGAUCAUGAAGGUUGCGCAUCUCACUAGCAACGCCUUGGCUUUGAUCAACCGGUUUGCCCAACUCCAUGGUUGAAUCUCAAGAAACGCAGUUAUAUUAGUGUGUAAUAUAAUUAAUUAAUGUUUAAUUUGUAGAAUAUAAUCAAGCAAUAUAAUGGGAACCUUUGCCUUAAUCAUACUAUAUUAAUAUUUCAUCAUUGCUUUGAAUAUAGAGCAGUCUUAAAUUU